AUGUCUGAUCCAGAUACCGUAAUUGAAAAACAAGCCGUAGAUAAUCAACAAGAUACUAGAGGCGCAGCAGCACAACCAACGAAGACAGAACCUCCACCAUCAACAAUUCCGAAAGUUGUAAUCAGCGAGACUGAAGACGAAGCCAACAUCCAGAGUACUCAACGAAUUCAGCACAUCAAGACGAGAUACUCGGAGAUGAUAGGGCUACCCGCGGCAGGUCUCACUGUGCAUCAAGAGAUUCUACUGAGGCAGCUAAAGUUCAGAGUGGAGAGCAUCACCCACAUUUAUAAGGAGCUCACCACCACGAUCAUGAAUGACGAGGACAUCACCGUGGAAGAGCUGGAUGGACAGAAAGAAAUCCUUGAGACCUACUGGGCAGAGUUUCUCUCACAGCAGGGAGGCAUAAUCGAAUAUCUCCCUCACGAUCAUCCCUACUUGACUGAAGGAAUCUUCGAACAGACAGCUGCCACAAAGGAGCAAAGUAUAAAGCUCAUCAGUAAGCUGAAAGGUCGGCUGUCGAAGAAAACUCAACCAGCAAGCAAUUCACCAGGCCAAGAACACCCAGACAAGCUCAGACGUCUGGAUUUGAAGGCUUUCGACGGCACCCCAUCCCAGUGGAAGGAAUUCAGAGAUCUCUUCAGCUCGCUGGUCGGUAGCAAAUCAACAAUCGCACCAGUGGAGAAGUUGAUUAGACUCAAAAGCAGCCUCAGAGGACCUCCAGCUACUCUCAUAUCGACAUUGGACAUCAACGACCAGAAUUAUGAAAAGGCUUGGCAAAAGCUCAAGGCGAAAUACGAUGAUCCAAGAUUGGUGGCUCAGUACCUGUUCAAUCGAAUACUGGAGCUGCCAAAGAUCACCAAGGCAACUCAGGAGAAACUCAACCACAACACAGCAGCAGCAGUCGAGUCGCUAGACCAGCUACGAGAGGUAGUCGGUCUCUCAGAUGCGAACUUGAUUGAACAGAUGAUCGCCCACCUGCUGAGGAGAUCAUUAGAUGCAGAAACCCUCAAGCAGUGGGAAUUGAAACUGGGAGACUCCAGAGACUUUCCCAGUCUGAAGGAAUUCGUCGGAUUCGUCGAAGCCUGCGGCAGAGGAAUCAACGCAGGAUCAGAGCUUCAUGCAACACAGGAAACCAACAUCGCCGACAGGAAAUCACUGAAGAAGAAGAAGAGCUCUUACGCAGCAGCUACUCAACAAGACAGCAACGCUGAGAGGCUUCUUCCGAGAAACUGUUGUGCCAUGUGUAAGGAAAAACACUUCAUUGCUGAGUGCCAGAAAUUCAGAGAGUUGCCCCCAGUAAAGAGGAACAGCGUGGUCAUAAGCAAUGGCCUCUGCUUCAGCUGUCUGGGACCUCACCGAAAGACGAAGUGUUUCUCAACGAAAAGAUGUCAACAAUGUCAGGGCAACCACCACACUUUAAUUCAUGGAGGAAGCGAGUAUACCAACGCUCCACCACGAACUCGACGUGACUUGGAAUCAACAGAUGUCCCUGCAUCAGCAAGAGUCGAGCCAGGGCAGAGUACAGAUAAGAUCACGACUCAACCCAGUACAUCAACGGCAACAGUCAACCUCAACAACCAGCGGACCAGUGAGAAUGCAGAAACAACUCAACAAGAAGCAGAUCAACAAUCAGUGCUGUUAGCAACAGCGCAAGUCAAAGUAAAAUCCCCAAAAGGAUUCAUCAGCAGAGCCAGAGUACUAAUUGAUCAAGGAUCAGAGGUGUCAUUUAUCUCUGAGAAAUUAGUACAUCAACUGCACCUCACAAGAACAACAGAAACGUUGGAAUUAAUAGGAAUUGGCGGAGUCAAUUCAGGCCACACAAGAGGAAGGGUGUCAGUGAUGCUACAGGCAAUCAACGGGUCCCAGCAAGUAAAACUCAACGCCCACGUCUUGAAGAAACUCACAGCAAUCCUGCCAUCAUUUUCCUGUGAAUCAGUCGACAUCGGCUCACUAGAAAACCUUCAACUAGCUGAUCAACAGUAUCUCCAGCCUGGACCAAUAGAUAUAAUAAUAGGGGCUGACAACUACGGGCAGAUAAUUAAAGAUGAAGUUGUCAAGUCUAAACAGUCAAGAUUAGUUGGCCAACGAACAGCAUUUGGUUGGAUAUUAUCAGAUCCAAUCAACUGCUCCGGUCGCUCAACGAGGGUCUCCUUAUCAGCUGUAUGGGAAUCUCCAAAUGAACGACUACUAGAGCUUCUACAAAGGUUUUGGGUCCAGGAAGAAUUACCAGCCCAACGUUCAGACAACUCAGAGCUAUCACAAGACGAGCUGGAGUGUGAAAAACACUUCAGAUCAAUACACAGCAGAGAUUCAACAGGGCGUUACAUUGUAAGGCUCCCAUUGAAAACGUCAGCAGAAGCGCUCGGGGAGUCAAAGUUCAAGGCUUCACGACAGCUCAAAUCAACAGUCAGCAAACUCAACAACAAUCAGGAAUAUGCCCAGCUCUACAAGGAGUUUAUCAACGAGUACGAGGCUUUGGGACAUAUGCAGAGAGCACCCGAUUCUCCAGAACCUACCCCAGCCUAG